UUGUUGAGAAGCAGGAUCCAGACAUGCUCCGUAGGAGGGUGAGCAAGAGGCAGGCACCUUGCAACGUGAACGCGUCUCUUAGUGAAGCAAGUGCCUGGCUUGUCUGAGUGGGCUCUGCUUCCUCCGCCUCCCGCUACGGCUGCGCAGGAGCUGUGUUUUGGUCACCUCUGAUUUUCUAGAAUGGCAGAGAUGCAGGGACUCAUGGAAAGACUGGAGCGGGUCGUGGGCCGACUGGAGUCGCUGUCUGCAGAGUCACGCCGGUGUCCGCUGGACUGUGGGGAAAUGAACAGCGCCAACAGAGGUGUGGCGCCCUCGGUGGAAGCCUUCGAUAAGCUGGUGAACAGCAUGGUGGCCGAGUUUUUAAGGAAGAGCAGGGUCCUGGCUGGAGACGUGGAGACUCAUGCAGAAAUGGUGCAUACUGCUUUCCAGGCCCAGCGGGCCUUCCUUCUCAUGGCCUCUCAGUACCAACGACCCCAAGAGAAUGACGCGGCUGCGCUUCUGAAGCCGAUAUCGGAGAAGAUCCAGGAAAUCCAAGCGUUCAGGGAGAGCAACCGGGGGAGCGCGAUGUUCAACCACCUGUCGGCCGUCAGCGAAAGCAUCCCGGCCCUGGGCUGGGUCGCAGUGUCCCCCAAACCCGGUCCUUAUGUCAAGGAGAUGAACGACGCUGCCACCUUUUACACUAACAGGGUCUUAAAGGACUACAAACACAGUGAUUCACGCCAUGUGGAUUGGGUGAAGUCAUAUUUGGACAUUUGGAGCGAGCUUCAAGCCUACAUCAAGGAACACCACACCACAGGCCUUACUUGGAGCACCACGGGUCCAGUAGCAUCUACUGCGUCAGCACCGUCUGGCCUCUCCACUGGGCCUGGCCUUCCUCCACCCCCUCCUCCUCCACCUCCUCCAGGGCCACCCCCGCUUUUUGAGAAUGAAGGCAGAAAAGAGGAGUCCUCUCCUUCACGCUCAGCUUUAUUCGCCCAACUUAACCAAGGGGAAGCGAUUGCAAAAGGGCUCCGGCACGUUGCAGAUGACCAGAAGACACACAAGAAUCCCAGCCUGCGGGCUCCGGGGGGACAAACUCCAUCUCCUGCCAAGAGCUACACUCCAGGCCCCAAGUCUCCCCAGCCUCAUCCGCCUCAGAGACAUGCUCCUGUGUUCGAGCUGGAAGGAAAGAAAUGGAGAGUAGAGUACCAAGAGGAGAGAGAUGAUCUGGUGAUCUCAGAGACUGAACUGAAACAGGUGGCUUACAUUUUCAAAUGCAACAAGUCUACUCUUCAGAUCAAAGGAAAAAUAAAUUCUAUUAUACUUGACAACUGUAAGAAGUUUGGCCUUGUCUUUGACAAUGUAGUGGGCAUUGUGGAAGUGAUCAACUCCAGGGACAUUCAGAUGCAGGUAAUGGGGAGAGUGCCAACGAUUUCCAUUAAUAAGACAGAAGGCUGCCAUGUAUACCUCAGUGAGGAAGCGUUGGACUGUGAGAUCGUGAGCGCCACGUCAUCUGAAAUGAACGUGCUCGUCCCUCAGGCUGGUGACUAUAGAGAAUUUCCUGUUCCCGAACAGUUCAAGACAAUAUGGGAUGGGUCCAAGUUGGUCACUGAACCCGCAGAAAUCAUGGCCUGACCUCCAGGAAGGUGGUACCCGACUGGAAUCCCCCAGCAAAGAAAAAAUCAUCCAAGACCUGGCAGUUGCAGGGGCCCCACCUGCUUUCGUUCGUGUCACCACCAAUGCAGCGCUGCAGGAACAGCCUCGUCUCCGCCCGCAUUUGUGGGCGUUUCGAAGUCGUGAACAUUUCUUCAUGAUUUGCCUUUGUGUGUGAUUUGAGUUCCACAUGAUGACUUGUGAGCAUUACACACCUAAAAGGGGGAAAAAGGAAUUCUGUUCCCCUCAUAUCAUUAACACAGUAGCUGAUAGGUAAAAAUAUUGCAUGAUUCGCUUUUACAUUUAUGUUUAAUUGCUAGUUGGAAAAUAAAAUCUUUGCAGCUCCAGCAUGUACAUUUUUACCUUUGAGACACUUUCAAUAUGAUGCAGGAGCAGUAUGCUCUGAAAAAUGUACCUUUUUUGUUAUUUUUGCCACAUGUUCACCUUCAACGGUAUGGAUUCACUGUCAGCAUGAAUACAUAUUUCAAUCCUCAUGUUUACAAAAUGUAAGAGAAUUCCAUACUAAGGACUAUAUCAGGUUUCUUGACCCUCAAAAGGCUUACAUUCUUUACAGUUACUAAAAACCAAAAGUAAAUCCUAAUGACUUACAUAUUUUUCUGCCAUGUCACUUGGAAUACUUUUACCUUUCUGCAUAAAGAUGCGUAUGCCGCAUGAUUGGUGGCAGGAAGCAGACAGAAUACCUCAUAGUCCUGUUCUAAGAUCAAGCUCGAUUGUUGUUUUCCAAUUUUGAACCUGUUCAAUAUCAGAUGCCUUGCAGAUCAGAUGCCAAAUGUCUUUGAUGUUUUGUUAUAGACUGCAUUCUUUCCCACUUGCUGGACCCCUAACCGUCCUAGAAAUGAACACUAAGAAGCCAUAGAUGUAUUACUUCUUCCAGAACCUAAGAGAUUGCUUGUUGGUUUGGCUUGCUGCUCCUGCUGUCCUGCUGAUACGCUUUUUCAGCGUAAGAUUAAUGCUGAUAUUCCUCUGUAGCUUUCCAGUGCACAGCGCUGAACACUGCAACCUCAUGGAUGUGCACGGAAUUACAGUUUAAUGCUCGCAGACCUAAUACAAGCAUGUAUAUUGUGCCUCUUACAGCCUUUGGAAUACGUCACUUCUGGUUUUUAAGUAUCUUCUAUAACCACAUGUUAUUCAAAUCACUAAUGCUCAUGUGCCAAUGUUUUGCUGUAAAAGUUUUGUCCGUAUGAAUAAUGUGGCUUUAGUACUUAUCUUUUUUUGAACUGUAAACUUAUUCUGAAAUAAAGUGAAAUUCUAAUUGUUUAAA